AACUUCUCAUUCCGCACUUUUUAUGUCGCAAAGGUGUCGUACGUAAAAGCCAUUGAUAUCUGGAUGGCCGUGUGUCUGCUCUUCGUGUUCUCGGCCCUGCUGGAGUACGCCGCUGUCAACUUCAUCGCUCGCCAACACAAAGAGCUGCUGCGCUUCAGACGGAGGCGACGACACAUGAAGGAGGAUGAGACGGGCGAGGGGCGCUUCAGCUUCCCCGGUUACGGCAUGGGCCCCGCCUGCCUGCAGGCCAAGGACGGCAUGGCCAUCAAGGGCAACAACAACAACGCCCCGGCCUCGGCCGCGCCCGAGAAGAGCAUUGAGGAGAUGAAGAAGCUGUUCAUCAGCCGGGCCAAACGCAUCGACACGGUUUCCCGUGUGGCCUUCCCGCUCGUCUUCCUCAUUUUUAACAUUUUCUACUGGAUCAUUUACAAGAUCAUCCGCAGCGAGGACAUCCACAAGCAGUAGUCAAGAGGCAGAGGAGGAGGAGGAGGAGGAGGAGAAGGGGGAAAAUGGCGAAAAGGGGAAGAAACAAAAGGAGAGGAUACAGAGAGAGAGACGACUUGAAUAGGAGACAUCACGGCCCCUUUUUUCACACCAGCCAUGCCAACCUUUCCUCAUCCUCUUCCUUCCUUCUCUUCCUCGUUCGAUCAAGGAUACGAUGCUUUUUGUGGCGAUCACCCCAUUCAGCCCCUCCUGACCCCGACGACACAUUAGUUGAGAUGCUGUUCUUUUCCCCCUUUAUUCUCUUUCUCCUGCCCUGAGUCCCACCCCUGCUCCCGUCUCUUUACACCUCCUGAAUAAUCCGGACCAGUGCAAUAGCAAUGCAGUAAAAUGCAUGAUAUAUGAAUGUGGCAAUAUAUUAAUGAAAAGAUGAAAAACAGACUUUUGCGGGCACACCCAGCGAACUGUGGGCGAGUGGACGGACUGGAACAAAAGGAGACGAUGAGAGUGUCUUGUAGAGGGUCUUGUGUUUGAUUAUAGUUUGAUUUUACGUGUGAAGACAGAUAUAUAUAUAAUUCUAUAUGAAAACGGGAUGUGGGGGCGGGGUGGGGGACGUGUGAGAGGCAAACAGCAGUGUAAUAUACUCAUAUAUUUAUCAUAAAUGGAAUAAAAGAAAGGAACCAUAGGAACGUGGGCAUCUGGAAAUGAGGGAUUUUUCACCCCCCCAAAAAAGGAACAAAGGCAGAUCGGUGCUUCCAUUAAUUAAAGUGAUGCAAGGAUGACACAUUCUAUAUCUAGAUUUGCUUCAAAUGUGUAUUGCAAGCGCUCGUCAAUGCUUUUUCUCCUCCAGCCGCCGCCGCCACAGAACCUUGACCUGCAGAGACACUCUGGGUUUGCUACUGCCGCUGUCAAUCACACGACUGGACAGAAAAUAACAUGAGAUUUAAAAAAGAAAAAGAAAAACACUGGAAGUGGUGAAUAAUCUGAGACAGAAUAUCGUGUUUGUCUGUGGCGUUCCUCUUCCCGUAUGUAAUUUAUUUCCUGAUGCAUUUGUUGUUCUUUUGGCUUGUUUCUUAAUUCUUGUGCCAAUUAAACAUGUCACGUGUGGCUGUGCAGCUCCAAAACGUUUCGCGGGAGGAAGCGGCGCCGCUGGGACGUCAGUUGCUGCAUCGAUUGACGUCACCUCACAUGCUUCUUCUUGUUUUUUUAAUUCCGAGAGACAUAUCACUUUUUGUUUUUCAUCACCUGGAGAGAUGGAACAUAUCAAUCCUGGACGGAGAACAACGCAGAUCCUCGUUUUCUUUCCUUGUCGUGUUCAUCGGGACUGAAACAUUAGACAUGUUUACAUCCUAUUAGUGCUUCCUUGCUUUGGCCCCGCCUUAACAUGACACCCCGCCCCCUCCUCACAUGCCCAGCCGAGGGGAUAUAUGUAGUUAAACUGUACAGAUUAUUACACCUGUUAUACCUUAAUUAAAUGUAUUUCCACCUCAUUCACAUGCACCAACUGUAGCUGCAGACGUCGUGACUUGUGAAAAGCUAAGUUAUCGUCCAUUCCAUGUGAAACGAGUUUAAUUCUGUCACAGCCGUGUUGGGCGGGAUUUGAUCAUUCAGCAGGUCGGUUGGUUCGAUGAUUUGUGCGAUUAUUAUCUAUUUAUUAUCUUACUUUGCAGCAGGCUUCUCUAUGCAAUGCAGUUUAUUUCCUUCCGUUUAGCACGACCAUCUCAACAGCACCACCUAUCUGUGGCUCAUCGUACUGCUAAACAAAGUCUCUCAUGCUUAUUGACAAAUAUGGAACAAACAGAGAAGAUAAAAUUAGGUUUUUAUUUUACUUUCAUUUUUCCCAUUCGAAAAGAAAUUAGCAAGAGCUAAACCUCUGAACCCGGUAAAACUAGGAAAGAAAACAUCUUUUUGUGUAUAUGAAUGGUUGUUUCAAGAUUUUACGUCUUUUGUUGAAUUUACUCAAAAAAAAACAAAAAUACAAAGUGCUUUUAUACUUUUACAGAAAGGUUUUAAACGUGAGAGUUGCAAUAGUGAAAUUUGCAAAUUUGUAGCAAAGCGAAAUUGUGUGUUCUCAUUGCUUUGUUUGUCUUUUGAAUUCCCGCCCUUAAUUGGCUUAUUUAUUAUGUUCAGUGUGAGUGUUUCAGAGACGUAUCGUAUUUUCCACCUUUUACUGCAGACACAACGUUUUUGGGAAAUACACCGUUUUGCUUUCUGUGUACGAGUCAUGUGAGAAGAAAGAUAACAUCAUGUGCAUUCAAUGGGAACUAUGAUUAGCCUAGCUUAGCAUGACUGGUUUUACAUUUUGGUUCAUGUAGUAAUUACACAAUCCAGGAGGACCAUGCUACCUGUUCCCCCUGCUUCUAGUUUCUAUGCUAAGCUAGGCUAGCAAUUUACAUUUCCAUGCUUAACAUAUCAUCUAACUCUGACAGAAAGUGAAUUAUGGUAUUUUCCAAAAUGUUUCACUCUAAAACAGCUGUAAAACUUCAGCUAUAUAAUGUUGCAUUGUGGGGAGUCUCUCCUGGACGUAUUUAACUUUGCAAUAAUGGUUCAUUUGGUAUUUUAAUUAACCCCUGAGUCUAGAUCAGCUGUUGGUUGCAAUGAAAAAUAUUGUUUCAUUGAUAAUUUCUACUUGUGAAAAUGUUUGAGCCUCAGUCCAACUUGGUUUUAAAGCAAAACCAAAGAUUUUUUUGUUUGUUUUUCGUGUUUGACAAAGUUGUGAGUCCUGUUUGCUGCUGUCGGGGGGCAAAAGAUUUUAAAGUACGUAAUGUUAUAUUCACUUUGUGAGUUCAAGAACUGACUGGGUUAGAUCACCAUCAGAUAUACAGCUAUUAUUAUAAUGUACACAAAAUAUUUUCAUAUG